UAUUAUUAUUAUUAUUAUUAUUAUUAUAUUAUUAUUAAUUAAUUAUUAUUAUUACUGCGUUAUGUUACAUUUUAUUAUUAACAAUAUAUUGCAUUAAUCAUACUUGCAUGCUUUUUUUUUACUUACGCCCAUAAACCAUAUAUGCCUAUUGUAUAAGCCGAAAUCACAUGUGCUAUUUAUUGUCUCACUAUUUACCAUUUCUAUUUGUUCUUCAUCGUUCAUUAGUAACAGUCAAAAAUUAUAUAAGGGAAGUAAAUUUUUCACAACUUUUUUAAAAUAAUAUAACAAAUAUCGUAGAAAAUAUAGAAUUAAUUCCUCUUUUCUUUUCUUUUUUCCAAACUAAAAUUGUAAGUAAUUUUAUUAUGAUUUUAUGCAUAAAAAAAGUAAGACUGUUUAAUGAUUAAUUUUUCAAUGAAACAUCGAUAAGAUUGUAAAAUAAUGAAAUAUAUACGGACUGAUAAAUGUUUAACUUUCUAUUCAUAUUUCAACACUGGGUCUUUUUUUUUAAGUUGACUUAUUUUUUACAUGCAUAUAUAUGUGAAAUAAUAUAGUUCCUGUGAUAACUUUUUUAUUUUUAUUUGUCAUAGGAAUAACAAAAAAUCUACUAAAAUUUAUUACUUGUUCAUUUAUAAUUUAUAGAAACUUUUUUUGGUGUACUUUGUACCAUUAAAAUAAAAAUUUAGUAAGGCUAAUGUUAUGUAAAAAUUUUACGAAAAUUAACGCCGAUUUUUAAUAGCUUUUUGUAAGAUAGUUUGACUCGUACUUAAAGAUGCAAUAUAUAUAUUUUAAGUUUAUUAUUUAUUUUUUAAACAAUAAAUUCGUACAUAUUCGUAAUUAAUAUUAAAAGAUAUAAAUUAGCGAUUUUUAAUAUCAAUUUAUCAAUAGCGCACAAAAGUAUGCAUCUCUCUAUCUAUAUAUUAUCACUUUGCUAAGAUUUGUCAAGUUUUAUGCAUUAUUGUAGCAUAUUAAUAAUAAAAAAAAAAAAAACUUGUUCGUAUGCAGAUAAUGAAUAAAGCAAUAUUUACAUUUGCUUAUGUAGUAUAUAAGCAAUGUAUUUUGACUCACAUGUACAAGCUGUUUAAAUAAAUCUGGAAUUGAGUUGUCUCUUGACAACAGUGUACCAUGAUACUUUGGACCAAGAAAUAAUAUAACAAAGAAAUGUAUUCAAGGUGAACAUUUGCAUAAGAAAUUUAGCUAAUUGUGCCAAUUCCUUAAUAUUAUUUAUUAUUUAUGAAAUAAUGACAAAUAUUUUCGAUUUUCUGCUUUUUCAUCUAUGUACGAUUCUUUUAAUGAGUAACACCACAAAGUGGAUUUAUAAUGGAAAAUUGUAUUAUAUCUAAUGCAUUUAAUUACUGCACUUGGCACAACAUUAGUAAUUAUUUACUGCCUGAUAUACAAUUAAUGUUUACUACCAAAUGCAUAUUAUGUAAUAACACAUGAUAAUUGUAGUACAAUAAAGCAUUCUCAGAAAGUAACAUUAUAUUCUUUCAUAAAAUUCUAUAUUUAUCAAUGUUAUUAUGGGUAUGAUUGAUGUUUGCGAUUAAUGUUUUGUAUUAAAUUUAAUCUCUAAAAAUUAUUUUUAAUUACAAAAAUAUUGUACAGUUCACAGUUAGAAUUUCUUCAAUCAUUAUAAAUCAAAAUAACAUGAAAUAGACAUUAUAUGUUGCUUGUAUUAUCGAUCAACAUACAAGUCUGUAAGAGAUAUAUCUUCCUGCAGUUUCAGAAGGUCUAAUAAUUUUGACUACUUGUCCUCUUUUUAGACCAAAAUAACGAGCCACUGGAUCACCAGCUUGUAUACGCAUUAAUUGAUUUUCUUUAAGCUUAUACCUAGUAAGUAACUCUUCUUUUUCGUCUGGAGUUAAUACUAUAUGUUCAGGUACAAGUUCGUGUUCUGUGAUAUUUAUCAACAACUCAGAUUCCAAAAAUUGUUCUAAAAUAUACUUAGGUGCCAUAUCUACUAAAGAUUGUUUAGCAGACGGUGUCAUACCUUGUUGUACGACAAUGAUUGCUCUGGAAAAGAAACAAUGAAAUAUAAUAUAAUAUAAUCUUCAUAUAAAAAUCUUUCCAAGAAACAUACCUAUGAAUUUUUUCUUCCUGCAUACGCUGACAAUAAGUUUUUAUAGUUUUGAUACCUAUUUUGGGUUCAUCGGGAAAAAAGACAAAAAGUUGAUCCGUAGGAUCAUCAUUGUGUGCAACUAAUACAAUAAGAUCGCUACGUGCUGGUCUUUUUUCACUCGGUUUAUCGCCAAAUUGUUCUUUAAAUUGUUCUAAAGUCUGAUCCAAUUCAUCCUGUGUCACGAGAUAACCUCUAUCAUGACACAACUGCAUCACUGUUUUACGAAUUCGCCACAAUUUAUAAGUUUCUGCUUCAUCAUCCAUUUCGUAAUAUAUACAAAUAAAUACAAUUAAAUUUUUAAUAAACAAUUGAAUUCAAAUUCUAAUUAUUUCACUUUGUUUUCUUCUUUGAAAUUAUAGUACUUAGGGCUGUUCACCAUCUUCUGGCUAUGGCAUAUGUGACUCCAGCGAUAGGUGUGGACAAAAUGUGAACUACAAGCGUAAUAAGCAAAUACUGUCCCCCACUAUGCAUCUAGUAUGCGUCGGUUCAGUAGAUCACUGCAUUAUCGACAGAGUUGUUAAAAGUAAAAACUACACAUUUUUACGUUGUUGAUCUAAAAUUGACUUAGUUUUCCGCUAUUUUUUUUUUUAGUUUCGUUAAAUUUUUAAUAGGAUAAAUAUUUUUUUAUUGUUGUGUGCUGUAAUAAUUCGACAUGGAUCAAUAUUUUAAAAGUUACGAGGAACUGGAUGUGCAUCGUUUAAUGCUUAAUGAUACGUCCAGAACUUUAGCAUAUAAAAAUGCUAUACUUAAUUAUGCAGACAAAUUCAAAGGCAAAAUAGUUAUUGAUGUUGGUGCUGGGACAGGUGUUACAAGACCGUAUAUUGUCUAUUUUCUGUGCUCAGGCUGGUGCAAAAACAGUAUAUGCAGUAGAAGCCAGCGAAUUGGCUAAAUUGUCCGAGGAAGUAAUUAUCGAAAAUAAUUUGGAAAAUGUAAUUAAAGUGAUCCAUAGUAAGAUUGAAGAUCUUGAUCCAAAUGUUAUUCAAAAAGCAGAUAUAAUAGUUUCAGAAUGGAUGGGAUUUUAUUUAGUACACGAAGGAAUGUUAGAAUCUCUAUUAUUUGCAAGAGAUAAUUUCUUACGCAAAGGAGGAAUCUUAUUUCCGUCGAUAGCUAAAUUGUAUGCUUCUCCGUGUCAAUUAUCAUCAAUGUUCCAAUUUUGGGACAACGUUUUUGGAGUCAGUAUGAAAUGUAUAGGAAAACACUAUCGAGAGACUAAAUCAACGAAACCAGAAAUAGUAUCGAUAAAUCAGGAUGAUAUUUUAGCGGAUAGUAAAUUAAUAGCAUGGUUAGACUUGCAAAGCAUUAUUUUAUCGGAAAUAAAUACUUUGGGAAAUGAAGAAUAUGUAUCCAUUUGUAAUAAGGAAGGAAUAUUACAAGGAAUUUGUAUCUGGUUCUCAGUUGAAUUUCCAGACGGUUCAGAAUUAUCUACAGGACCGUUAGAUAAAUCAACACAUUGGAAGCAAACUGUAAUUGUAUUGCCUAUGGAUGUAAAAGUGGAAAAAAAUGAACCCGUGGCAUUUAAUUUAGAAUUAAGAAAGGACACCUCAAAAGAAAGAGAAUAUAACAUAAAAUUAAUAUUGUUAGAUGCUGCUGAAGUUGAACACGAAAUUCCAUGUUAUUGUUAUAUGACUAAGUGUAUUGUAACAAGAAAAUAUUUAGAAGAUCAAUCAAAUGGUACCAUAAAAGACUGAAAUUAU